AAACGUGCUUGAGUCACAAUACCACUGUCAUCAACUCUACGAGAAAAACGCUACCAUGAUUGAAACUAGCACGAACACCCGUAAGCCAAGCACCCGAGCUACUCCAAACGCAACCAUUCCAUUGUAAUAUGGAGGGAAGGCUUGAACAUGUUUUAGGUCUCUGAUAUUGUAAAAUGAAUUAAGUUGAGUCACUAACUCUUAAACUCAUUUGCAAUUGAAAAUUAAUCAAAUUAGAUCCAAUUAAUGGUGUGUCAUCAAUUUUGUACAAUCAAUUGCACAUGUGAACUUUGAACUUUUGACAUCAAACACAUGUACUAAUCAAAAUUGAUUUAGAAGUGAGUGAGAAAAGCCAUGGCAGCACCAACAGCACCAACAUUCGACCUGAUAAUCCUAGGAGCAUCUGGUUUCACAGGCAAACAUGUCCUUAAACAAGCUCUCAAAUUCCUCAACACCACCUCCUCAUCAUCAUCAUUCAACUCCAUUGCAAUAGCAGGCCGCAACCCCACCAAACUCGCCCAAAUCCUCCAAUGGACAACCCGACCCGACCCACCACCGUCCAUCCCCAUCCUCACCGCCGACACCUCCAACCCAACCUCCCUCCGCGCCCUCUGCUCCCAAACCCGCCUCAUCCUCAACUGCGUCGGACCCUUCCGCCGCCACGGCGAGUCCGUCGUCGCCGCAUGCGCCGAAACGGGCUGCGACUACCUCGACAUCACCGGCGAGUCCGAGUUCAUGGACCGGGUCGAACGCGGGUACCAUGAGAUGGCGGUGAAGUCCGGUUCGUUGGUGGUUUCUGCAUGUGGGUUUGACUCGGUUCCGGCUGAGAUGGGGGUGUUGUUCCAUUUGCGGCAGUGGGUGGACCGGUCGGUGCCGAACCGGGUUGAGGCGUUUCUGAGCGUGGAGUCGGAGAAGAAGGUGGUGGGUAACUAUGGGACGUUUGAGUCUGCGGUUCUGGCUGUGGCGGAUUUGGAGGAGAUGAGAGUGAGAGGGUCCAUACACACUACCAAAAGAGCAAAACCUGUGAUUCCUGGCCCUCUUCCUAAGGGAGGAAUAAUAGAACAUCAGAAGAAAAUUGGCCUUUGGGGAGUAACGCUCCCUUCAGCAGAUGCAACUCUUGUUGGGAAAACAUUUUCCAUUCUAACAGAAAACUCCCAUGGUCUCCCAGGAGUCGAUGAGAGCACUGAGAUGGUUGAAAAAAGGAAAGCCUUCUGGUCAUCUGUGAAGCCAGCUCAUUUUGGUGUGAAAUUAGGCUCAAAAUCUUUCUUGAGAAUUUUGGGAUACAUUAUGUUUGGAAUCAUCAUUGGUGUUCUAGGAAGGACCACUUUUGGAAGAUGGCUUCUUUUGAAAUAUCCCUCCAUCUUUAGCCUCGGCGGGUUCAGUAAGAAUGGUCCUUCCGAAGAGGAGGUGGAGAGUGCUUCAUUCAAGAUGUGGUUUGUUGGACAUGGUUUCAGCAAUGAGAGUCUAGCUGCACAGAGAAACUCAAAACCUGACAUGGAAAUUGUAACAAGAAUAACAGGACCUGAAAUGGGUUAUGUUACCACCCCAAUAAUUAUGAUUCAGUGUGCUCUCAUUCUUCACAGUCAAAGAAAGAACUUACCAAAAGGAGGAGUUUAUCCUCCAGGUAUUAUAUUUGGUCCAACUGAUCUCCAGCAAAGACUUCAACAAAAUGGAAUAUCUUUUGAUGUGAUCUCGAAAAGCACCCUAUCUUCUUGACUGGCAUAGUUUACCCCUUUAUUGGUAGGAAGAUAAUUGAAGUUGGCUGGUCAGGAUGUUGGCUUGUACUUAUAAUAAGGUAGGGAGAGAGAACUUUUUUUUUGCUUGCUUUUAUUUUGUAAGGAUACUUCAAUUACAAUAACAUUUGUUCUGGUGGAUUUAGUAUUGUUGUAUACUUGUA